AUCUUCUAUCUAUCUUCUUCUUCUCACUUUUCUUUUUCACUUUUGGGCAAGCUCAAAGAAGAGCUGCUGAGGAGUGAGAGAAACAAAAAAAGAGAGAGAGAGAUAGACAAAGUUCUUUUCAAGUCGCCGGUGAUUGUUUUAACCGGAGCUCCGACUACUCUCUCUGUCUUUGUUCUCUACUCUUCUCUCUCUCUUAUGCUCUGUUCUUUCUUCUUCGUCUUCUUUAUGCUCUGUUCUUGAGUUUUUCUCUUAUUCAUCAAGCUGUUUCUACUGGCUCUCCUAGUGAUUGAUUUCUUGCGAUUUCUUGCGAUUUCAUCGAUUUCCAUGCGUUUAAGACCUAAAAAGGAUUUGUUCUGGAGUUGAGAGUUUUGAAACUUUUUUUUGUUCUUGAGAGAGGUUACUUUGAGGCUUGUUUCGGGGGAAUUUUGAGAGUAAUUUUUUAGGUUUCGUUGGUUUAAGUUUCGCACACCAAGUGUUCGAUAAAAUGGCUGAACGAAAGAAACGAUCUUCUAUUCAAACCAAUAAACCCUACAAAAAACCCAUGAAGAAGAAAACUUUGCAGUUAAAUCACCUCCCUGGUUUAUCUGAAGAUAUGAAGACUAUGAAAAAAAUACGUUUUGUUGUGAAUGAUCCUUACGCUACCGACUACUCAUCAAGCGAAGAGGACGAGAGAGUUGAGAGAAGGAAACGUUAUGUCUGUGAGAUUGACCUUCCUUUUGCUCAAGCUGCUACUCAAGCUGAAUCUGAAAGCUCGUUUUGUCAGGAGAGUAAUACUACUAAUGGUGUAACCAAAACCAAAACUUCAGCUUGUAGCAAAAAAGUUGUAAGCAGCAAACCCUCUGGUGUCGUUGGGCGUUCUUCUAUUGUCACGAAGCCUGUUGGUGUUAGGCAGAGGAAAUGGGGUAAAUGGGCUGCUGAGAUUAGACAUCCAAUCACCAAAACAAGGACUUGGUUGGGUACUUACGAGACGCUUGAACAAGCAGCCAAUGCUUAUGCUGCUAAAAAGCUUGAGUUUGAUUCUUUGGCUGCAGCCACUUCUGCUGCUUCCUCUAAUGUGUCUGAGAAUGCUCUGUCGGAUUCAAAUGAGUCAGGUUCUCUGAUCUCAGCCUCAGGGUCUAAUGUUGAAGCUGUGUCAAGCAUUGGUCUUGACAAGAUGGUACUUGAUUCGACCAUUGAUCAAGAAGCUGGCGAAUCGAAGAAACGGAGUUUUGGUUUUGAUUUCGCAGAUCUGCAGAUUCCAGAAAUGGGUUGCUUCAUUGAUGAGUCAUUGAUCCCAAAUGCGUGUGAGCUUGAUUUUCUCUUAACAGAAGAGAACAACCAAUUGUUGGAUGAUUACUGCGGCAUAGAUGAUCUUGACAUCAUUGGUCUUGAAUGCGACGGCCCAAGCGAACUUCCAGACUAUGAUUUCUCAGACGUGGACAUCGAUCUUGGUCUCAUUGGAACCACCAUGGACAAGUAUGCUUUCAUGGAUCACAUCGCAACAACAACUACUACCACCCCUCUUAAUAUCGCUUGCCCAUAAGUUUUGCAGCUAGGUGUUAUUAUUAUUAGCUAUAGGAGCAAAGUAAAAAAAGCUCGUUGUUACUCGGUUUUGUCGUAAGUUAUUACAGUAUAGCAGAGGCAGUUAAUCUCAGGGGGGGAAGCCAAAACCCUUACAGAUAGAAGCAGAUGCAGUUUUGUGUGUUGGUGUUACUAAAUGAGAGUUUUGUUGACAUAAUGUUUUUUUGAUGCUGUGGAGAAGAUAGAGAGGUGAGAACGAAGUUGUCAUCUCUGUUGGUUUUUUCCGGAGGCAAUUGUCUUUGAAAAGCCUUAAAGAUGUAAUCUAUUUCGUGAGUUCUCUCUCAAUCUUUGUAAGUUUUGCCUAUUGAGUUAUUGAUAUAUAUGUGAAAACUACUUUAUUGUUUCUUC